AUGGGUGCUUUGGUGAAGCUUGUUGACGCCACACUCUUCGUCUUCUUCGUCGUAAUUGCGCUUGCAGCGCCCUUAAUCGACGCGCAGACAUGCCUGCCUCAGAGCCUCUUCCCAAGCGUGUUGGUUGAGCUCAAGAGCUGGUACGCGCGCCAAUAUGGCGAUUAUCUCGUGGCCCAGAAGCCCCAUUUCUUUGUUGGGAUCGUUUGGCUAGAGCUGCUCUUUCAGUGGCCUCUUUCAAUUGCCAACCUGUACGGAAUUUUGGCUGCCAAGUCUUGGUUCAACACCACCUGCUUGAUCUAUGGCGUUUCUGUGUUCACCUCCAUGGUUACCAUAUUAUCAGAACUGGUUCAGUCCGGCAAGGCUUCUGAUAAGCUGUUGUAUAUGUACUUCCCUUUUCUGGGGUUAGGUGUUUUGGCCAUACUGCGUGGGCUUCUGCCACCAUCCAGCACGACUAGUUCGAGGAUUGGCAAGAGACCUACAUUGGGUAGGAAAAAGAAGGCUUGA